UAUUUUCGUAUUUUAGAUAAUAAUGAUGAUAUACAAUAAUAAAAAUGUCAAAAAAUAAUAUUUUAGGUUUUAAUACAGUAUUAUCGGAAAUUUAAUUAUCAAUUCAAGGACGUAUGGCAUUCCACAUCUAAGUCAUUAUUGGCCAACUAAUGACCAAUAUACAAAAAAUAACAUUUCUAGGUCACAAUGUCAGUUGAUUGGAAACUUAACUUAGCACUUCAUUCACUAUUUGGACUUUUUUUGCAUUGUUAUGGAAAAAGACAAUAUUAAAAUCUAUAUAAAACGCCAUUAAAACGCGGAAAAUGUCAUAGCUCUUUAAAGACACUUAUUGACAAAUGCGUUUGAUCAAAAUUUCAUACUAACCAUUUAAUGAAUUGGUACCAACGUUUUUGGCGGUAAGUGCUAGUCCUGUAUGCAAAGCCUUUCAUAAAUAUUUACAUGGUAAUUAAUUUGGUUAAAAGGGGUCAUUUUGUGCACACUAAAUUCUCUUUUAUAUUUCGUUUAUCGCGGGGUUUUUAACUUCCUAUAAAAGUCUCUCCAGUUUUGGAUAACAAUUUAGAUAGUAACCUGCUGGCUAGAAAGACAUGUUUUAUUCUUAUCCAUAUAAGGAACUUAGUUUUCCCAUUCAGUGUGUUUGGCUGAAACUGAAUGGCUCUUGGCCCUUAUCAGAAUCUUCCGAAGAAAAGAAAAACCAACCUUUUUAUGGCUAUUCAUUUUUGUCCAAUGCCUAUAUAAUAUGGGCGUGGUACGUAAUAGCUUCUGUUGGUAUAACGAUUAGUUAUCAAACCGCUUUUUUGUUAAAAAACCUUUCCGAUAUUAUAAUCACCACGGAAAACUGUUGUACCACGUUCAUGGGAGUCCUAAAUUUUGUUCGACUCAUUCACUUACGCUUGAACCAACGCAAAUUUCGUGAUCUAAUUGAACAUUUUUCUUACGAAAUUUGGAUAACUGACCAUUCUAAAAACGCUGUGGCGGCUAAUUGUCGAAAACGCAUGAUCACAUUUAGCAUAAUGACAGCCUUGCUAUCGUGCCUUAUAAUCAUGUACUGCGUCUUACCAUUAGUUGAAAUAUUUUUUGGACCCGAACUGGACCCACAGGAUAAGCCAUUCCCUUACAAAAUGGUCUUUCCAUACAAUCCUCAAAACAGUUGGCUCCGAUACGUGCUGACGUAUAUGUUUACAUCAUAUGCAGGAGUUUGCGUAGUCACCACAUUGUUUGCAGAAGAUACAAUUUUGGGUUUCUUUAUAACAUACACUUGUGGCCAGUUUCAACUGUUACAUGAACGAAUCGAGAAAAUAUUAAAGGGAACUAAUGCGGAAACCGCGGAAAAUAUUCAAUUGGAGCGCCUCAAAUGUAUUGUACAAAAGCACAAUAAUAUUAUAAGAUUUGCUAAAAGCUUGGAAGACUUUUUUAAUCCAAUUCUGUUGGCAAAUCUCAUGAUAUCAUCAGUUCUUAUUUGCAUGGUUGGCUUUCAAAUAAUAACUGGGAAAAAUAUGUUUAUCGGGGAUUAUGUUAAGUUUAUAAUCUAUAUAUCCUCUGCCCUUUCGCAAUUAUACGUAUUGUGCGAGAAUGGAGACGCCUUAAUAAAACAGUCUACGUUGACAGCACAAGUUCUUUACGAAUGCCAAUGGGAAGGAUCAGAUCGAGUCAAGUCGUAUUCCUAUAAAUCAACUAGCAAGCGAGUCCGGAAUCAAAUAUGGUUUAUGAUACUCUGCAGCCAGCAACCAGUACGGAUAACGGCUUUCAAGUUCUCAACUUUGUCCUUGCAAAGUUUUACGGCGAUUUUAAGUACGUCAAUAAGCUAUUUUACGUUAUUACGGUCAGUUUACUACGAUGACGAAAAGAAGCACGACUAACUAUAAAUUUGUCUACAUAUUUAACAAUUUUAUUUUAAGAAAUAUGUUUCCGUAUCUACCGCUUAAUUUUUAAAAUGUUUGUAAAUAAAAUGACAGCUAUUCCUCAGAUUUGCUAAUACAUACAUAUACUUUAGUUACCUUUGUAUGUAGGUGCAUAUCGGAUGAAUUUCAAUUGAAGUUUGUAAAAGGCAUUGGAAAAUC